AUGAAACCUAUAGAGGAACAACAAGUUCAGCAAACAUCUACAGAGGAAGUGUCCAAGUCCAAAAACGGCAGGCAAAGAUUUGAAGUGAAAAAAUGGACAGCCGUAGCCUUCUGGUCAUGGGAUAUCCAAAUUGAAAACUGUGCCAUCUGCAGAAACCAUCUUAUGGAACCAUGUAUCGAGUGUCAGCCCAACUCCAUGAACAACGGCCAGGAAGAGUGCAUUGCUGCUUGGGGUGUGUGUAACCACGCCUUCCAUUUGCAUUGUAUCAAGAGAUGGUUGAAGACUAGAAACGCAUGUCCUUUGGACAACACAGAGUGGACAUACCAGAAGUUUGGCUCCUAG